AAGGGACUAAAUUGGACCUGCCAGGCCAUGUGGGGGCUCCUUGUGACCGGCGCCUCCUUCGCCGCCUUCCGGGGGCUGCACUGGGCGCUGCAGCUGCUGCCCACGCCGGGAUCUGCUGCCCAGGACCGUUGGAAGUGGCGGAACAUCUGUGUCUCCCUGGUGCACAGCCUGCUCACAGGGGUCGGGGCGCUGCUCGGGCUCUCGCUGUACCCUCAGAUGGCUGCCGACCCGAUUCACGGCCACCCGUUCUGGGCCCUGGUGCUGGUGGCUGUGUCCGUGGGUUAUUUCUUGGCGGAUGGAGCUGACAUGCUGUGCAACCAGACCUUGGGCCAGGCGUGGGAACUUCUCUGUCAUCAUUUGGUGGUAGUGAGCUGCCUCAGCACCGCCAUUCUGUCCAGCCACUAUGUAGGCCUCUCUAUGGUGUCUUUGCUCCUGGAGCUGAACUCUGCCUGCCUGCACCUACGAAAAUUGCUGCUGCUUUCCCACCAGGCCCCAUCCUUGGCCUUCAGCAUGGCCAGCUGGGCCACCCUGGCCACCCUGGCCCUCUUCCGCCUGGUGCCUCUGGGGUGGAUAAGUCUGUGGCUGAUCCGGCAGCAACACCAGGUGCCUCCUGCUCUGGUCAUCCUUGGUGGAACUGGACUGGUGACUGUGGGUGCCAUGAGCAUCAUACUGGGCGUCCGUAUCUUGGUCAGUGAUGUCCUACGGUCUCGGCACCACCCGCCCAUCCCUGGGCACAAGGAAACCAGGGACACAAGGAGAUGUUGUGAUGGUGAGCUUGUCACCAGGGAUGGUUCCAUUCUCAGCCUGAAAGACUAGAGAGAAGCGUCAGGCUCCUCUCCGGCCAGUCCUGGGGGAGACAUGGCCAGGACAAGGACAUGUGGUCUACAGUGCACUGUCCCUCGAUGGGGUAAGGACCGAAAGGAAUUUUCAGUAUCUCAAUUCCUUUUCCGGCUAACUCACACCCCUCCCCAUUCCUAGGAUCUAAGAAGAAAUGCUGAUGCUCAUGAUGGGUGGGAAACUGGGAUCCUGGGCUAUUGUUCACUGAAUCCCAUCAUCAGAUGACCGCUUCGUCCAGCAGACUAAUUCAAGAGGUACAGCCAGUUCUACCAAUAAGAGGUGGCAGGAGGCAUGAAGCUAAAUGAAACUACCAAUGAAAUCCUUUGCUUUAGCAUGGGAACAGGUGAAGAAAGGUGAGGUCCUGUUAGGAUCAGAGAGAUCUGGCAUGGAGGGGGUGGGGUCAGAGGAAGAAAGACCUCAACUGUGACCAAAUUCUAGCAAUGGGAGGAGGCCACACAGGUGCUAUCAGUAGCCAGUGGGGGUGGACAUAAUAGUCACCAAGAGACAGAAGAACUGGGCCACUACAAUUGCUGCUGAUAUUUCUGGUUCUCAAAGCCACACUACUGUGUUUGUACUUAAUGUUAGUUCUACUGCCUUAAAAAAAAUUUUUUUA